CUCUUACACUCAAACAGCACCCAUUUUUCCUUUCACGUUCUGUCAUGCAGCAUAUUUGAAUUCCAGAUUGAUUUUGAAGGGACUUGCAUUUUACACAUCAUGAGACAGGCAGUCAGGACAACGGGCCUCGGUCGGCUCGUCUCGAGGCCACUCACCACUUCACCGACACCUUUCAGGUGCGCGGCUGCCGGUAUCGGGCGUCACGAGAGAGAACUUUCCGGGCUGAGGAGGGUUACGCUGCCUUUGACGAGAUUACCGGGCGCCACCAAGACUUUUGGUUCGGAACGGUGGUUCAGUAGCAAGAAGCCGGUUUUCGAGGCGGGCGAAGCCCCGUCGUUUGCAUUUGCUUUUGACAUCGAUGGCGUUCUGUUGCACGUGGCCAAGCCCAUUCCCGGGGCCGCCGAGUCGCUGCAGUAUCUCAACGACAACAACAUCCCGUUCAUCCUCCUGACCAACGGCGGAGGCAAGCCCGAGGCCGUCCGGGUGAAGGACCUGAGCGACAAGCUCGGGGUCAAGCUCUCGGUGGACAACUUUGUCCAGUCGCACACUCCCUUUCAAGAGCUGGUGCAGGGGCCGGAGGGACUGGGAGACAAGACCAUCUUCCUGACGGGUGCCGAUGCGAGGAAGUGCAGAGAGAUUGCCAAGCUGUACGGCUUCAAGAACGUGGUGACGCCUGCAGACAUCAUCCACGCCCACCCCGAAGUAUUCCCCUUUGAACUCCUCAAAAAGUCGGUCUACGCAGACUCCCACGAGACCCUACCGAAACCGAUCCACGACGGCACCGUAGCAGACGCGGACGCGCUCAAAAUCGACGCAAUGUUCGUCUUCAACGACCCGCGGGACUGGGCUCUCGACAUCCAAAUCAUCACCGACCUGCUCUUGUCGCGCAACGGUCUGCUGGGAACGUACUCGCCCAAGAACGGCGACGCGUCGCUGCCGAACGGCGGGUGGCAGCAAGACGGGCAGCCCCCGCUCAUCUUUUCGAAUGCGGACCUGUUCUGGUCGACGACGUACCACCAGCCGCGGUUCGGACAGGGGGCAUUCCAGGCGGCUGUGGCGGGCGUGUGGAAGGAGGUCACGGCGGGGCAGGCGGAGUUGAAGAGGACUGUGUUUGGGAAGCCGUUUGCGACUACGUAUCAGUAUGCAGAGCGGGUUCUUGAUGCCCAUCGAAAGGCGCUGCUUGGUAAGAGUAAGAGUGGUGGUGGUGGAGAUGCCGCGCCGUUGAAGACGGUGUACAUGGUGGGGGAUAACCCGGAGAGCGACAUCCGGGGCGCGAAUGAUUACAGUAACGAGGAGACGGAGUGGGCUUCUGUGCUGGUGAAGACGGGUGUUUGGAGCCAGGAGAGGGGCGCGCCUACGCAUGAGCCCAAGAUGAUUGUGGAUGAUGUCAAGGCGGCGGUUGAGUGGGCGUUGCAGAGGGAGGGAAGGUCGGCCAAGAUCUAG